UGUAUGGAACAUCUCUCUCUCUCUCUCUCUUCGAAAAAAUGUUGAGAAGAUUACUGCUCCAAGCUUCCACUGACCAUCGCCGACGUCUGUUCACACCUCACUCCUCCUCGCUUUUUGGACAACGCUGUUCUUCUUCCUCCUCCACAUCGCACUCCCAAAUCGAAACCAGUACUUCCGUCGAACACUUGGAGGACUCGAACCAAUCCCCCCAAACCACUCCCCAGCCCUCUUCCUCCAUCUCCGUCGAUCGCUCCGGCUUGUAUAAUCCACCCGAGCAUUCUCAUGGGCCUUCUUCGGAUUCUGAGCUUGUUAAGCAUCUCAAAGGCAUUAUCAAGUUCCGUGGCGGGCCCAUCUCAGUCGCUGAGUACAUGGAGGAAGUUUUGACAAAUCCUAAAGCUGGUUUCUACAUUAAUCGAGAUGUUUUUGGCGCAGAAGGUGAUUUUAUCACCUCUCCGGAAGUGAGUCAAAUGUUUGGGGAGAUGAUUGGUGUUUGGGCAAUGAGUUUGUGGGAACAAAUGGGACAGCCUAACAGAAUUAAACUAGUUGAGCUGGGUCCAGGAAGAGGAACUCUCAUGGCCGAUCUUCUACGUGGAGCAUCUAAGUUUAAGAACUUUACAGAAUCCUUGAACGUCCACAUGGUUGAAUGUAGUCCAACCUUACAGAAGCUUCAGUAUGGCCACCUGAAGUGUAUCGAUGAAGAUAGUUCUGACGUGAGUGUAGAGAAAAGAACUAUAAGUACAUUGUCAAGAACCCCUGUUUCAUGGCAUGCUACACUGGAGCAGGUUCCAGCAGGAUUGCCAACAAUCAUUAUUGCCCAUGAAUUCUUUGAUGCUCUACCAGUUCAUCAGUUUCAGAGAGCUUCUCGUGGCUGGUGUGAGAAAAUGAUUGAUGUUGCAGAAGAUUCAUCGUUUAAUUUCAUUCUCUCCCCCCGACCUACGCCUGCGACCGUGUUUCUCAUGAAGCGCUGCAAGUGGGCUGCAGCUGAAGAAAUUGCUAAAGUUGGUCAAAUUGAGGUUUGUCCAAAAGCGAUGGAAUUGACUCAAACAAUUGCGAAUAGAAUAAGUUCUGAUGGAGGAGGGGCUCUCAUUAUUGAUUAUGGCCUCAAUGGAUUAGUCUCAGACAGUCUUCAGGCUAUUCGAAAACAUAAGUUUGUUGACAUAUUGGAUAACCCUGGGACUGCUGAUCUUAGUGCAUACGUUGAUUUUGCUUCUAUAAGGCACUCUGCUGAGGAAGUUUCAGAAGAUGUGUCAGUCCAUGGGCCAAUCACUCAGUCUCAAUUUCUUGGUUCUCUCGGGAUAAAUUUCCGAUUUGAAGCACUGCUAGAAAAUUGCAAGACGGAUGAACAAGAAGAGUCUCUCAUGACAGGAUAUUGGCAGUUGGUGGGUGAAGGUGAAGCCCAGUUUUGGGAAGGUCCCAAAGAGAAGACUCCCAUUGGGAUGGGUACUCGGUAUUUGGCCAUGGCUAUUGUCAACAAGAAGCAGGGCAUUCCAGUUCCAUUUCAAUAAAGUUUCCUGAAGAUGUCAUUUGUCUUUAUAGCAAUAAACCUUCUAUUUUCAAGAUAACAGAGCUGAUUUUGUUUUUGGUAUAGUGACCUUUUGAGAAGUGUGUAAAACCAUCAAUUUUUUUUGGUUAUGUUGUCGCGUUAAAUGCAGAUAACGUCUUUGUUUGUGAAAAUAUUAUCAUAAUCGAACUGUCGUCUAACCUAA